UCGUGUUUUACUAAUUACGACCCCACCGACAUAAUGUUUUAUAGUACCGUGUGCAUAAAUAUUAUUUUGCGACUUGUUCAAGACGUUGAGCGACGUGAGGAGAGAAGGAAGUCGGUGUAGGUUGGAGGAAUAGGUUUUUUUGUUGGUUAGAAUGAGUGACAAGUGUUAUAAAUGUAGUAAGCCAGGCCAUUUUGCCAGGGAAUGUCCAGAUGGUGAUGGUGGUGGUGGCAGCAGGUCAGGACGAGGUGGUGGUGGUGGUGGCUACCGGUCCGAAAGAGGAGGCGGUCGUGCUGGAGGAGGAGGUGGCGGUGGAGGGACACAAUGCUACAAGUGCAAACGUUAUGGGCAUUUUGCUCGAGAAUGCAAGAUGGAAGGUGAUCGAUGUUACAAAUGCAAUAAAGUAGGGCACCUUGCCAAGGAAUGCACAGAGGAGCUAGAGGAAGGAUCCUGUUAUAACUGUGGCAAAUCCGGUCACAUGAAGAGAGACUGCCCAGAAUCAAUGAGAGGAGGCGGUGGUGGUGGCGGCGGCGAUGGCUGCUACAACUGUGGAAAAUCAGGUCACAUGGCUAGAGACUGUCCAGAGGAACGUCAAAGCCGUGGGGGAGACCGAGGAAGUGAUGACCGUAAAUGCUACAACUGUGGCAAAAGUGGUCACUUGUCAAGAGAUUGUGAUAGUAGUAGUAGUGGUGGUGGUGGUGGUAGACGUGGAGGUGGCGGCGGCGGUCGAGAUGGUGGCGGCGGUAGAGAUGGUGGCAAUGACAAUGUAGAAUGCUACAAGUGUGGAGAAAUGGGUCACUUUGCCAGAAAUUGCUCCGGUGGAGGCGGUGGUGGUGACAGAAAUGCUGAUGUCAAGUGCUACAGAUGUAACGAGUACGGCCACUUUGCUCGUGAAUGUGAUCAAUAGGAAUUACAACACUGAUGUGGAGGUGUUGUGUCAUGUGACAAUUCCUCCUACAGACCCCAAGUUCAGUAAAUGAAAACAGACUUGGGGAUCAAUUUUGUAAAUGUAAUAUUUGGUAGUGGCAUAGACCCAGGUGUAUUGUGGAUGGGUCUCUUAAUUUUAUUUUAACAAUCUUCAAGUAGAUUUGAUUUUGUUGUUUUUUCUCAAGGAUUGAGUAUUUGCAUUAUAAUAAAUAUGAUCACUAUUCAACAUUAAGCCAGACUGAUUAAGCUAGAUGUAACCGAAUAUUAAGUUCAAAACUAAUUCAGAGUUGAGUGGAAUCGACAGUUUUUUGGGAACAAAUCUUGUAAAGCUUGUUAAAGUUUAAUAUGUGCUAGUGGGAUCACAUGAACAAUGUGUUCAAUAUAGCGAUAUUCUUUUUUUUUUUUUCCUUGACGAAUCAGCUGACGUGUUGUGUAGUUUUCAUAUUGUAAAUAAUUAUUUUAUAUUGUGUAACUCCAAAGUUGUGUAGAGAGAAGGUUCCGAGAAGGAAACAUCAUUCCAUAUUAAUCAUCUUGCAUUGCUGUUCCCAUUGAUUUUGCUGGAUAUUCUAUGUUAUAAUAAGUGUAGAUGUUGAUUUCUGUCAAUACACAGAUGAUAUGCAGGACUUUAAAUUUGCAUACACUGUACAUGUACAAAAUUUGUACAAUGUGUUUUUUUUUUAUAUAUACAUUAAAGUUGUAGUGGAAGAAGGGAGGUCAGGACAUGUCAUAUGAUAUGUGAUUACAUUAAUUACAUAUUGAAAAUGAGCAAAAAAUCACACGAGGUUAAAGAUUUUGUUGUACAAAAAUUGUGUAUUUCAACAUGUGGAAAUUGGUUGGAAUUUUAACAAUGGCACCAGAUUUUUAUUUUAGUUGUAUAAUAGAAGCCAGUGUUAAAUUGUUAUGGUGUCAUUAAGAUUUUUAAAAAGUUGUCAAAGUGUUUAGAGGUGUUCCAAGUGAAGGAACAAUGUGGAAGCCGUCCAUAAUUAUUUCAGGUGGAAGUAAAAAGAGGUUCCAGGGUUUAUUUAUAUAUGUGGCAGCUUAGGGCCCCUUAAGAGCAGAAGGGACAAGUUUGUAGUAUUAGAGAGUUCUAUAAUUAUCAGCAUUUAAAAAGGUUUUUUUUUAACAUUAGUGACAGGCGUAUUAAAGUGAACUGUAGAUAUCUACAUUUCAAAGAAACUAGUUAUGGAACUUUGAUGCUGAAGUGCAAAAUGUUUGGGCUUGCCUGUACCAAGUACAGAAAAGCAUGUUUUUGUUAUUUAAUCACUCUUUGUUAUUGUGUUCAGCAUUUUGCAUUUUUAGUAUCAUCUAAAAAUUAAUACAUUUUGUUAAUUGCUUUUGUUUUUUCUUGAAGCAAUAUUCGUUUGGAUGAUAAAGUAUCAAAAAAAGAUUUUUUAAUGAAUAUCAUUGUGUUAAAUACAAUGUAGUUUUGCCUAUAUUUUAUUUUUGUAUUGUCUUAAACAUUACAGUUCAGUUGUAAAGGUGGGAAGGAAACUUGAUCCAUGAUAUUUUGUUAAGAAAUAAAGUGCACUUUACAAGUUAAUAUAUGGAUCUGCCUAUGGAAAACUAUGCAUCGUCUUCCUGUUUAAGUUGAGGUGGUUAUGAGGAGAUGUCUCCUUUCAGAGGAGAAGUGUUGCAUUUAUGUACAAUAACUUGAUAUUCAUACAAGCUCAUUUUUAUUGUCAUUCAUUUUAUAAUUAAUUGCCUUCCAUUGAGUUAUUGUACAUGAUUUGCAUUGGAAAGGGCACACAUAACAUACUUUGUAACACAUUUAUUCCUUAGAUCAGAACUUUUAUGACCUAAAUAUACAUGUUAAGAUUGAAUUUACAAAGGGAGGUGCUGUGUGUGUCCUUUCCAGACCUACUUAAAGGCAGCUUAAUUAAAUCAUGUUGUCGCAGUGGAGUUUGUGAAGGAGUAUUUUGUACAUAUAUUUGUUAAUUUUUUAGUGUCCAUAACUGAACAAAAAGUAUAAAAUGAAAUUUAACUGGACAUUUUUUAAACCGGUGUUUAAUGAAGAAUUGGGUAAAAAAAAAGGAAUGGAAUUUAAAAUGUGUAAAGGACAUUUUUUUUUUUUAAAGAAAAUGUGAAAGUUGGCUUAUAAUGAGAAGAAAUGAAUUGGGUAUUAAAAAAAUUUGUGAACAAUGUAAAAUUCAAAUGCUUUACUGUGGAUUUUAGUACAAAUAAAUAAGUGAGUUCAGA